AUGGUUUGCUUUAGAAGAAACCCACUUCCAUGGUUUGCUGUUCUUGCUCCAUUGCUGAUUUCUGCUGGUUUUUUGGGAUUUGGGUUCUCCUCCGUGCUCCUUACAUCUACAGUAUUGAUCAUCUUGUCUACUGUUUACUUUACAUUCUCAAAAAGCAGAGGAAGCUCAUCGCAAAUGGAAGAUGUUGUGUCAGAACCUGAUCAGCCUGAAAGUGAAUCUAUGUCAGAAAAGAAGGAAGACCAAGAAGUUCAAUAUUUUGUCACAUCACCUGAUUCGCUAUCAGAGAGUGAAGGCAUCUAUCGCUUAUCAACAAGUGAGGAAUCGGAUGGUUCAAUUUCUGACGAGGAAAGCCUCAUUGAAAUUGCUCUUCCAAGUGGGCAAUAUGUUGGUCAUACAGAAGAGCAGCCUAAGGUAAUUAGUAAGCAGCAGAAAGUGGCUGCAGAUUUCUCGCCUGAAUCCUUUUUCCAGCCACAUUGUCUGAUGGAGCUUUUCUCUGAUAUAAAUGAGAUGAACGAGGAAGACAACUUGAUUGAGAUUGACAUCUCCAUGGGCUCCAUCAAGUGUUCAAGGUUUGAGAUCGAAGCUUGA